AUGAGAGAAGCGAGCCAUGCCGAACUGCGCAUGUUGGUCAAGGCCCACAACAACAUUGCUACUAUACUUGAACAGACUUCUGCAGUGGAUGCAUCGCUGAAAUCCUACGAGCGAGCCUUCGAAAUCUGUUCAGGUACUGACGAUCCAGGAAAUCUGAACGGUAUGCUAGAGAUUAUUCUUCGAAACAUGUUCGGCCUGCUUCAGAUAAAUGGAAGAAUGGAUGCUAUCGACCAGUUCGCAAGUGAAUACACAAGCAAUGAGAUGCGACAGGCCGAAAUCUUUGCCACUCCUAGUGCCGCCGAAUCCUCCACAGUUCCACAAUGA